CCCCCGCCAGCCACAAUGGUGGGUCUCUGCAGCGCGACAGAGACGCACCCCUUCCCGCCGCCUCUUGCAACUUUCCGCCGAGCCGCGUUGUUUGGCAACGGGCACGACUCUCCACCAAUAGGAGCGCUCCGGCUGCCCAGCGUUCCACGGUUGCCUGGCAACCCUGGCCGGGGACGUUCCACGGUUGCAGAGGCGGCCCCGCGCUGGGCGCGGCGGAGGGAUGCGCGGCGCGGCCUCGGGGCCACGGGAGUGAUAAAAAUGGCUUCCGUUCCCGAGAGACCAGGACCUUGGGUGAAGGAUCAUUGUGAUUACCUGCUAGAUUCUAUUGAUGCUCAGCUCAGCCAGCUCCAGGAACCCAGUGGAAUAAUCAAGGGCAGCAGUGACAGUGGGAAGGCUUCUCUCAAGAAAACUGCAGGCACUGAUGCCACAGCAGAUCUGGGCGGAUGCUCUGGGGUCAGGGACAGAGAGGCCUCUCCGGGGGAAGACCCGUCCUCUUGGGAAGAGGAUUGUGCCUGGUGGCUGGUGCGUUUCCUCGACUUGGGGACCGCCCUAGGAGACAGGAGCAGAUCGGACUCAGUUUGCACGGAAGACUUUGCGGCCAAGUUUAACGAGGUCCUGGUGGAUCCCCUGCCCGGCUCUGAAGAGGAGAGCAGUGCCUUGGCUCUUGACUUGGGGCCUCUAAAAUGCGCUACUCGAGAUCCGGUUAAUACUUCUUCGCCUUUCGCGGACUACGAAGCGGCCUUGGAUUGUCUCUCGGUAGAUUCAGCAAGAAAGCAAGGAAUCGCCCAGUUGCCUAAGGGAGGGUCUGAGGAGGAAUGGGACCAGGAGAAGGAUUUGGCUGGCCGUUCGAGAGAUGCUCCACCGUUGUAUAUUCCACACAGAAUUAAGAGCGCAGAGUCUCUAGGAGAGCAGAUCUCAUGGCUUAGUCGGAAGUGGUCCACGGAUGAGACAUGGAAGAGGGUUUUUCAGCUCACGCCCCUGAGCUCCGGGAAGGGGUCUCUGGGCUCGGAGAUCUCCCCGCGAAGCAUCUUCCUGGGGCCACAGCAGGAGCAAAGAGGUUCAGAGGACUCUUUUGAGUGGGUUCAGGAUCCUCACGAAAAUACAGAGAGCCCAUUGCUCCUUGAAGAUUUGAGGCCUUCCCAGCUGCUCCCAGCGUCUAAUGUAAAAACUGUUUUGGAUGGUGGGUCCCCAUCUGUGGGGACAGCAGGAUGCGGCCACCCCAAGGAGACCAGCUGCCCAAGGGGUUCGUUGGAUGUGGCCUGCCUGUGCACCAUCAGAGCAUCUUUGGUACCCUCUAAUGAAGAGGAUGGAGGUGGAUCAAAAACCCCUUUGUGUCUUUAUCCACAGGGAGCCUGGGACUCUGGUAAAACACAGAGGCCAGCAGAGAUCGGCAUGGACAGUGGUGCCACUCGGGCUACUGUGUAUUCCCAUAAGGCUCUGGGCUCAGCCAGUGAUGGCUGUAUGGGAUGCAGGAAGGAAUGGAUCAUGCAUCCCCAUUGCACAGAUGGGCGCAAUGAGGCUCUGGAAUCAAAGGAGUGUGGCAGUUUGGGGGCUCAGCACCAUGAUCCCCAGUCUGAGCUGAACCAGGGCUGGAUGGAGUCCUUUCAGGGCAAACCUGUGGCAGGUGAGGUUACCCGGAGCCAGGAAGGGCUGUCCACCGGCCUCAGUGUCAAGAAGAGCCUCUUGCCGCCACAGCGGGAUUUGCUGAGGUCCCCCAGUUGCAGUGAUGGAGGCAGCAAAGAGGAAGACGAGGAGUUUGCCAGGUUAUGCAGGACCAGCGAGUCAUGGAAGUGGGAUGCGAGCAGAGGAUCCGAACCCAGUGGGAAAAGAGCUGAGCUGGGAGGCUACAGAAACCUCGAGGCCCUGGAAUUGGAAGAAGAAAAAUUGUCACAGAAAAGGGCCCAGAUCCGCGAAGCUGACGUGUCCCUGCAGAGUGUCCUCCAGCAGAAAAAGCAUGUCGCUCUGGAGCUGGAGACUUUUCGGGAGGCCCUGGAGAAGAGCCAGAGGGAGGCGAGGAGGCUGCAGCUGAUCAUGGAAGAGAAGCGGAGCCAAGCGGAUGAGGCCAGGGCUGACCUGUUGCUCCUGGAGUACAAGCGGGAAGCCUGCCUGAGGGACCUGCUGGCGCUGGAGCAGGAGCUGAGCGUGCUGAGGAGCCAGAGGAGCCAGCAUGGGGCUGCCCAGGCAGACGUGUCUCGGUUAGCCGCUGAGAGGGAAGAGCUGAAGUUCCAGGUGAGCCAACUGGAAGGCAAGCUGUCUUCCUUGAAGCAUCAGCUGAAGUCCUCCAGAAUAGAGCUGGCCUCUGUGAAGGAAACCUCAGGGGACAGAGCAGGGCCACUGCAGGAGGUUGCUCCAGGGGCCAGUGAGGCCGGUGUGCGGCGGGUGCAGGGGCUGGAGCGGAGGAUCUCUGCUCUGCAGGCAAGCCUCAGGGAGAAGGAGCUGGAGCUCUCGAGGCUGCGCCAGACCGUCUCUGCCUUGGAGGCUGAAAAAGCGUCUUGGAGCGUCACUGCAGAGAGCCUGGCAGAAGAGCGCAAGAAGCAGCUGGACUUGUUGCGGCAACAGAAGGAGGAAGAACUUACUCAGCUGCAGGAAGAGCUGGAGGGCAAAAAGCAGCAGGCCCUGCGAGAGCUUGCAGAGAGCCUGAAGCAGGCAAAAGCCAGAGCCCUCCAGGAGCAAGCGGCCAAAUUUCAGAAAGAAGCAGAAGACCUUCGCAAGACCAUAAAGGAGCGAAAUGCUGAAAUUGCCCAGCAGCGGAAAGCUAUGGAACAGCAAGCCAAAGAGCUAAAGCAGGAAGCUCAGGAACUGGUUCAGAACUCGCUGCUCCAGGAAUGGAAGAGCCAAGAGGCCGAGACGAGGGCCGCCCUCCAGAUGCAGCGCAAGGCCCUGGAAGAGCAGGAGCGGAAGAUGCGGGGGGAACUCCAGGAAGCCCUGGAGAAGGAGAGGAAACUCAGCCUGGCCUUGCGGGACGAAGCAGACGACCUCCGCAAGAGGAUCCAGGUGUUGGAGGGCGAGGCUCGGGAGAAGAAGGGGGCCAUGGAAGACCUCCGGGCUCUGCUGCAAGCAGAGAAGGCAGAAGCCUUGAGGAGGCUGCGAGAGGAGCUGGAGUUGGAAAAGGAAAAGUGGCGAAUGCAGUUGCAGCGGGCGGAGGAAGAACAGCGCCUCCUGCUGGCCAAGCAGCGCGAGACGUCCCAGGCACAGACUGCAAGGGCUGACUGCUCUCUGGCCAGGGAGGUUGCCUUGGCAUGCCAGAGACUCCGGGACCUGCUACCCCAAAAGGCCGGCCUGCCCCAGACGCUGCAAGGACCCCGGAAGUCCUGGCCACUAUCUCAGGCUACCUCUCUUCACCCCCCAAGGAAGCCAGCGCUCCUCUCCUCCAGCCACGCCCUCCGGGCCUUGCAAGAGGUGACAGAAGAAACUCAGCACUACCUCCGAGAACUAAAGCGUGAGGCAGAGUCGCAGAGGCACCAGGCCCUUCAGACCCAGAGGGAGAAGGAGCGGGAGCUGAGGCAGCAGCAGGAGAAGCUUCACCUGGAGAACCAGUCGGCUCUAGAUGCUCUGAAGGAGCAACUAGUUCAGGAGCACCUGGAAGACAUCGCCACCUUGCAGAGCAGCUGGGUGAAGGAGACAGCGGGGAAGGAAGACGCAUCGCUGCGCCAGCAGCUGCAGAAGGACGGCGAGCAGCAAAGCCAGAGAAGUGUGGCCUCUGGGAAGGGCAGGACAUCCUGCCAACUGGCCAGUGAGUUUAAGGAGGAGCUGAAGGCGGAGGUGGAGAGGCGCCUGUCCAGGGACAAGCCCAUGGAUUUUCACAGGAACCUAGAGGCAUCUGGUUCGGAAUUCAGACAGUUCUGCAUGGGCCGAAAUGAAUACCUGCACCCCGGCCCACUCUGUUCUCCGGCGCUGAAUGCAGACCCUUUCUCCAGCCAGCGCCUCUUCAGCACCCCAAGACUGUUGCAGCACCUGCAGAGACGAAUCCAAGAACUGAGGGCGGAGAAUGCCCUGUAUUGCAGAGGCAGCACAAGUAGCUAUGGCCAUUUGCGGGGAGAUCUCACCUGCAGAAGCAAGAGGCACCUGACAUCAGAGCUCUCCUCCUCUCAGCUACACAGGAAGAGCAGCUGGAAGUAGAACAGUCUUGAGUGGGACGGAGGAGGUGUCCCAACAGUGAGGAAUGGUGCUUUGUGCGGAGUACAGCAGAGGAAGGAAUAACCAUGACCGGAAGAGCAGAUUUUGAAGCUGCUGGUUUGAGGACAUCACAAGAGCUCUGAAGCUGGAGGUCCAACUCAUCCAGCAUCCUGUUCUCACACUGGGCAACUAGACGUCUCUGGUGGUCAAUUAGAUGUCUCUGGGAAGCCUGAAAGCUGGACCCGAGAUAUUAGUCUCUUGCAGCAAAUAGUCCUGUAGCACCUUAAAGACUAACACAUGUAUUCUGGCAUAAGCUUUCAUCGGCUAUAGACUGCUCCGCAAACACAUGUGCCAUCUGCAAGUAGGAAAUUCAUUUUUAUAAUACUAAACAGAGAGCCAGCGUGGCAUAGUGGUUAGUGUCAGAGCAGGGAGAACCAGGGUUCUAAAUCCCUGCUCAGCCAUUAACCUCCCUGCCCAUCACUGACUCGCAGACUAAACCUACCUCACAGGGUUGUUGUGAGGAAAAAAUGGAGAGGGGUCAAAGCAUUCAUGCCACAUUGAGCUCCUUCGAAGCAAAGUGGGAUAUAAAUGUAACACAUAAAAUGAUGCAAUGGGGAACUUUAAAAAAAAAAUUUAAAGUGCUGAGUUUGGGCAGCUGUUUGCAGCUAAUCUGGUCAGUUGUGUGAUUGUGGCUAUAAUUGUGCUAUAAUGGCAACCAAGGAUGGCAAAGGGUCCCUAAGAGAUUCCUCGCAAGUGGUGAUAAAUUUGUCAGAAUAAGCCUUUAUCUUUAAAAAAUAAUAAUAGUAGGAUUUCUAAUCAAUUUUUUGAAAUGGAAGUAAAAGGAGUUCAAAUUGAUGAUGCUGAACAAGAACUAGACAGUAAGAACUGUUGGAUAGUGGAACGGUAUCCCUCAGAAGGUGAUGGAAUCUCCUUCAUUGGAGGUUUCUAGCAGAGAUGGGGGUGGCACCUGUCAGGUAUUUUCUUUAGCUGCAAUUCCUGCAUAGCAGGGGGUUGGACUAGAUGACCCUUGGGGUCCCUUCCAACGCUACAGUUCUGAUAAAGGUCUGGAGAUGUCAAAACAAGAAACAUCCCAAGUCAUUUUCUCUCCCUCUUCCCUAUAAUGCAGGGAUAGGGAACCCUUUUCCCCCUCAGUCUGAGUUUUAGUCACAGUGAGAUAAGCAGAGUGUGUUGUUGCGUUUUAUUUCUGGCUUUGCCAACCUGGUGUGCUUUGGAUGUUUCAGACUACAACUCCCAUAAGCCCCAGCCAGUGCACACACCAGGUGCAUGCUUACUUUAUUAAGUCAGAAAUGUAGUGCAAGACUACUUUAAAGGUUACUAUUAUUUUAA